UUGAUUUUCAAUAGGCCAAAGUUGUAGCGGCUUUACGGUCAUGUAAGGUCUGUCGAAGUAAAGAAAAACAAACGUAACAUGCCUUCCUACAAAUCGCAUGCAUUAUGAACUGGGCACAUUUUGCAACACUUUGCCGUGACCAUGCGCCACUGUGCUGUGGGUGCUGGAUAACCCGGCACUUAGAUCAACGGCACCGAUAGAAACGUUUUCACCUGCACGCUUGUACAACGUGAGCAUCGGAGGCGCUCAAAAAAGGGAACGGCGACGAAACUCGGAUCGCGGAAGAUCUGGAGAUACGGCAAUAGCAUCCUACGACAAGAACAUCGGAGGAAGGGGGGCGCGUCUCUUAGGCGGGACCGCCGGAUGUGAAAGUGCUCCGGCGCUUCUCUUGUAACUUUCACUUGCUUGGUGUGCGUGUUGUACCAGAAAGAUUCCAACGCUCAGUCUUGUGAUGUGCACCGUCCGGCGCCUUCCAAGUAUUUGGGUACCAGUGGCCGAAGCGUCAUAGCGACAAGUAUGGUGUGCACAGCUGCAUCAUGCCAUCCAAGAAGCAGUAUAAUUUAGUAAGCGACGAUGCGUACGAUAGCAGAAUUCCCCUGCACAGUGAAGAAGCUUUUCAACAUGGAAUAUCGUUUAACGCCAAGUACAUUGGCACUAUGGAUGUUCCUCGACCCAGCAGCCGAGUCGAAAUCGUCGCAGCGAUGCGCAGAAUUCGGUAUGAAUUCAAAGCAGAGUCAGUCAAGAAAAAGAAGGUGACAAUUACCAUUUCGGUUGAUGGAGUGAAAAUCAUCUUGCGCAAGAAACAUAAAAACCAGUGGGCAUGGGACGACAACAGGUACCUCAUAAUGAAUCAUCCAAUCUAUAGAAUAUUCUACGUUUCUCAUGAUUCUCAAGACCUGAAGAUCUUCAGCUACAUUGCACGAGAUGGUGGUAGCAAUGGGUUUAAGUGCAAUGUGUUCAAGUCCAAAAAGAAGAGCCAGGCCAUGCGGGUGGUGCGCACCAUUGGGCAAGCCUUCGAGGUGUGCCAUAAACUGAGCCUGGCCAAUGCCACCUCCAACUUGGUAGCCAGUGACAGUCUCCCGUCAGCCACUCGGCACAGCAGCAGUGACAACUCAAUUUCCAGAGAAAAGGACCAGAGUGAAAAGUUUGACAGAGACAGCACGUGCGACGACACCAAGCCACUAGCACCACUGUCAGGAUCCAGCCCUGUUGAAACAUCACACCAAGAUUCUCACUGCAGUUCAAAGGCCUCAUCCUCAUCCCCAGCAACAGGGAGCUCACAGCAGACACUCCUGCAGCAACAACAACAGCAACAGCAGCAGCAGCAGCAGCAGCAACAGUCGCAAUCACCAAAGCCAGCUGUGAACCAGAUUGCUUGCACUCAGCCAGUGGUCACUGCUGCGAGUGAUGGCGGAGUGUCCCCACCAUCAGCUGCCAUGCCCCUGGUGCCAGAAGGGACAUCACUGUCCCUGUACCACCAGCUGCAGCUGAUGCGGGGUCAGAUGGAGCAUCAGGCCCAGCAGGCCCAGUCAGCCAUCAGCCAGGCCCGCCAUUUACGUGAUCAGCUCUCAGCAGAGGCAACAGCCCGUUCGGAGGCCAUGUCACAGAACCAGCAGCUAAUAGUGCACAACCGGGAGCUGCUGCAGCACAUCCACUUGCUGGUGAAACACAUCCAGGAGCUGGAAAAGAAGAUAAACCGACUUGAAGGCAAAACUGACCAUCUGCAACCUGACCUGUCCCCAUCCCCACUUCAGAUUGGUCCGCCACCACGGUUCUUGGACCUGCUCUCUGGGGCACCAGCUGCAGGGAAGACGCCCUCUCCAGUGCCCCCUGGUGGGGAACCCUUUGAGUUGGGAAGCCUAGCUUGGCUGUCAGGGCCAUCUGCAGCAGCAGCAGCUAGCAGCAGCCCCCCGCCAGCCACUCCCCCACACCACCAUUUGACUGCUGCCUCCACAGCCAACUCAUCCCCUUCAGUCACUACUAGCAACCUCCAGUUGCGGCUAGACGAUCUGAGCUUCUCGGGCGCCAUGAAAGGAGGCCCAAGUGAGGAGGGGCAAGGGGGUGGCCGUUCACCAACAGCCCGUGCAGCCAUGGGUCCUGGCAGCCUGCCGGAGCUGCCUGUGUUCGCAGACGGGGGUAGCAGCACAUCAUCCGCAUCACCACCACCCUGGUCGGCUGGACCUGUGCCACCAUUCUCUGGGGGCAGCGGAGGCUUGUUUUUGCGACAAUUCAGUGCCCCAAUGCCAAGCUCCCAGUCAUCUUUGAGCCGGCUUCCUGACAUCAGCCGGCUCACCAUUGAUGAAGGCGAGCCUGGCCUGCAGAAUUUUCUAGGAACUGGUGCCAUUGGCAAAAGCUGAGGGGUCAUACUUUACCUCUGCUCCCAUGACAGUUGCCCUCCUCUUGCACCCAACCUUCCUUCCGAUAGAUACUGCACAGCAUCUGUGCAUUCAGUGUGGCUGCUGCUGGACACAUUUCUCUUCUCCUGCCUCAAGAAGCUUUGAGUCUGCAGUAUUCAUUUUCCUGACCUUGAAUUCGGCUUUUUCUCGGGAGAUGAAGAUUGACAGUUUUUUGCUUUUCUCUAAUGGCAAUAGUUCACACACACCUUAGCUUGCGGUCAGACUGAUUCCUCUCACCUUGCUGGCCUUCCAAGCACACAUGACACUUUCAUAUUUAUAUAAAGUCUCACAGACACUUAAAAUGGCAUGCAUAUGCAAGUUAGGGGCUUCUUAGUGCUUUUGUGACUAUACUGCCUACUAAUUUGAUUAUGGACCUGACGUUCACUCUCUUUAUCCCGUCCUCUUUUCGGUUUCUCCUUCUCUUUAUCUUUAACCUGUUGAAUCGCAUGAUGUGGCACCUGUAGAAGUCCUAUUCAAGAGUGAUAUUCAGUGUGAUCAGAGUCCCAUCGCUGGCAUUUCAAUGCUGAUAGUUCGACGUCUUGUAAGCACAGCAUCACUUGAGAAUAUACUUCACCUGUUCUUGUUCUUGCAACUCCUUUACAUGUGCAUCAUUUGAUAGCAGUUCGCAAUGACUGGACCUUUUGUUAUAGUAUUACCCUGAAAUGCUUUCUAUUAUCUGCCACUGUGUCCACUGUGUUUCUGUAGCAACUAUGUCUGCGGUAACUCUGGUAACAUAACAGCACCACAUCUUAGUUAUUUCUUAUGUUGUUAUACAUCUUUGUCCAAGUGGUGUAUGCUUAGCCCCAUGAUGCUUUUAUAUUUAUGCAUGCUAUAUGUACUUAACAAUAUUGAAAAUCUACUUCACUCUAUUACCGCUGAAGCAGACAUUGACUGUGCUUUAGCGCACAAAGUAGUCAUGCUUUUUAAUCAUGACACUCAUCAAAAUUCUUGGGUCUGGCCUCAGUGGCUGCUUUUCGAUGGAGGCAAAAUGCAAAAGCUAUAGUGUACUUGUAUUUACGUGCAUAUUAAGGAACCUCAGGUGCUCGAAAUUAAUCCAGAGUCCCCCCACUAUGGCAUACCUCAUAAUUAUAUUGUGGUUUUGACUUGUGAAACCCUAGAAUUUCUUUUUUAAUGUGUUUGCACUAGGAGUGCCAAAGCAGAAAAAAGUGCGUGUGCGCGAAGUGUGGGAAGCCGGUCACAUGGUAGAGGUAGUGUGUAUGUGUGUGCAUGCAUGUGUAUGUAUAUAUAUAUAUAUAGUCUACGCUCAUUACAAUGGACCUGCGUACAACAGACUUUCAGAUAUAACGGACCGUAUUUCAGGCUUAGUUUAUUCUACCUAUAUUAUUAAUGCAACGAAGUUCGCUUUUAACGGACCAUGCUACAACGGACUAUCGGCUACAGCGGACGAAAUUAGCUACAAUUUUUUUUUUUAAUGGGGCGUAUAAAAGGUACUUUUGCCGUGUCGGCACAGGCUGACAACUGACUUGCGAGAGUCAGCCGGCGAUCACGGCUCAAUAUUGCGCACGUGAAGGGGGAAGGCAGGGUGGAAAGGCGCCAU